UGCUAUUCUUCCAUCGCAUCUCACUCUUACCCUCUGUUCAAUCUCCCGGACUCUGCUCCAUGUUGGUGUCUGAAGCACGCCUUGCUCGUUUUUGUUGUUUCACAAUUUUGGGCACCUCCCUUUGCUGGCUCUAUGUUGCUUAUAAAGGCUUCGAUCCUGACGUUAAAUUUAUUCUCUGGACUAUCGUCGGCCCAGCCUUCUACGCCACCUUCGGAUGGCAAUGGCGUACAGUGGAGUGACGGGCAGCGGCUGCCUGAUUACUGGUUUGCCUACGAUCUCGAUGACGCCGAAGCCUCGGCUGCCCCCGUCCUCGAGGCGGCUUACGAGCAAACCACCAACACGGCCAUCAAUAAAUUGGCCGUCCGUGAGCCCGUCCAGGUCUGUGAAAGCACCCUCUCCCGCAUGGCCCAGUGCGCGACUAUUGCAGGGGCUGUUUUCAGCUGGAGCGCGGCGAUUGCAGGGGCGGCCUGGGCGUGGUCCCAACAUAAAGAUUGCAGCCUCCACUCUGGCACGAUCGACGGCUGGCAGUACCAGUUCCAUGCUACCGGGCGCAAUUGCGACACCACCGCCCAGCAGAAGACCAUCCAUGGUGCCAUCUAUCACUAUCUUUCCGCGAUCGAGGGCAACACUGUCUGCGGCACACAGUGUCUGUCACUAAAGCAUGGAGGCAGCUAUGCCGGCUACCUGAAGUUUGGCAAGGUAGGCGUCUUUGAUUCCGGCGCCUACUGUGGCCCAACCCUGCAUUUCGAAAAUUGUGCCUCAGGUGGCGUGAACAGCUUCUAAGGGGGUUCUUUUUCUUGUUUUCCACGUUUUCAUUGGAG